AUGUGGGAAAGCGGAGAAUCCCUCAGUGUAUUCCUACUCUCGACGUGCUCUCCUUCAGCCAGCGCAGAUGGAGCAGCUUUUCGACACAUUGCAGCCAAGAUUAUGGGGGAGCCUUGGGUGAAGGGCUCCGUCGAAAAACUGUCUCUUUUUUUCUCUCUCUCUUCAGGCCUUGACCUACCAGGAAGACUUCUCUUUACAAUCUUGACUCUGAUGGCGCUAAUUGCCAAUCUUGUGUUUAUAGAGGAAGCAGUCUACAUCUACAGGAAAAUCCCCUCCUCCAAAAGAUCAAUCAUAAUUUGGAUUAAUGCUGCAGCUCCAGUGAUUGCUACUACUUCAUGCAUUGGCAUGUGGAUUCCUCGCUCAACAAUGUUUACAGAUUUCACAGCAGCCAUAUUUUUUGCCAUAGUUAUCCACAAGUUCCUGAUGAUGAUGAUUAAAGAGUGCGGAGGUCAAAAGCUGCUCCUCAGGCGGUUUGAAAAUGGUCGCUUCAAGAUCAGCACCGGUCCCUGCUGUUGCUGCUGCCUUUGCCUCCCUCGUGUGCGCAUCACUAGGCGAACACUCUUUUGGCUGAAGCUGGGCACCUUUCAGUUUGCUUUCCUUCGACCUGUGUUCAUGUUUUUAUCAAUAGUGCUUUGGACUAAUGGCAAUUACACCCUUUACAGUUUAUCUCCCAAAGGAGCUGCAAUAUGGAUUAGCUGCUUCAUUGGUGUCCUCACCAUUACUGCUCUGUGGCCAGUUGCAAUCAUGUUUCAACAAGUUAGGACUCUCCUUACCUGUAAGAACAUCAUCCCAAAGUUUGCUCUUUAUCAGUUUAUUCUCAUUCUGAACCACCUGCAGACAGCUAUUAUCAACAUCUUGGCUAUGCAGAGAAUCAUUCCAUGUGCUCCACCACUCUCCUCUUCAGCAAGAGGAGCAUAUAUGACCCAGCAGCUCCUCAUCAUGGAAAUGUUUCUGAUAACCCUAAUGUCAAGGGUAGUCUAUCGGAGAAGAUACGAUGACCUAGAGCCUCCGGAGUGUACAGCUGAAGAAGCUGGGGAUAACAAGCAGACUUCUAAGAUUAUCCUGAAUGGUGCAGUUAGUGAAGAUGAAUUGCCAAGGGUUUAGAAGUCCCCUGUGCUCCUCUUCUGCAGGAGCUGGAAGCUCAGCUUCAGGAGCUUGUAUAUUCUUGCACCACAAAUAGCUCCUGCCCAUGUCAGAAAAACUUCUGACAUAAAUGUCUGUGAGCUGUAGUACUGAGAGGACCACUAGUGGAAAGAUAACCCUGUUUAUUCUCCAGUGAUAUAUACAUGGUGUGAGUGUUUUCAUAACAUGUAAUUUAGUAAGAUUUCGUACCAUGUACUUUUAUGCUGUUAUUGAGCACUUGAUGGUAGCCAAACUGUCUCACAAUGUGAUUUUAUUUUAUUUUUUAGCUAUUAGAAUGGCUAUGAUUUAGUUAAUCCAGAGUCAUACUUAUUUAUCUCUCUUGACUUUUUAAAAUCUUAUUUCACCCUGGAUUGCUGUCAUAUAUUCAACACAGCAUUUUCCCAUCCUUCCUCCAUUAAAAUUUAUCAGCUCGCUCUCUAUGCCAUGAGCUCACCAUAGCUAAUUCUGAUCAGUAAGUACAUUUGCAUAUGUUUGUUCCAAAAUCCCCAAACCUCUCUGGGCUCUCCAGCUACAGAAAUGAUGAUGUCCGUAGGGAAGACUUUUUACACUCCGUGGCAAUUCAUCUCCUAACUUGGUACAGACACAGUAGCUGUUUGUAAAUAUGUCACUAGCAGGUGUUCUUCCUAGGGACAGCAGGUACUCUGUCACUGACCUGGGAAAAAAGUGUGAAUUAAGAGUCUGACAUAUCUUCUGGCACUAGUCUGUGAGUUAUUUGGUGCUUUGGUUCUCUGCUUGGAAAAUAGGAAUAAUGAUACUUGGGAUACUUGUGCUAAUAGUGUCUCUGGGGAUAAAAGGAAUUAAAAGGCACAUUGGGGUUGGUUGACAGCCAGCUGAAUGUGAGCCAGCAGCGUUCCCAGGUGGCCGAGAAGGCCAGUAGCAUCCUGGCUUAUAUCAGAAGCAUCAUGGCCAGCAGGGCUAGGGAAGUGAUUGUCCCCCUGUACUUGGCACUGGUGAGGCCGCACCUCAAAUACUGCAUUCAGUUUUGGGCCCCUCACUGUA